AUGGGAGAUGAGGAGGGUAGCAAGGAAUAUCACAAGUCCCUCUGUCUUGCAGGGAAGACAGCUGGGAAAGGUGGAUUUAGAGCAACCAUGUUUGUAUACGGAUUGGUGGCAUUGGAUAACAUGGGUUUCAUAGCAAUCAUGUCUAGCUUGGUUCUUUACUUCAUGGCAGUGAUGCAAUUUGACAUACCAACCUCAGCCAACACUCUAACAAACUUACUGGGCUCAACGUUCAUGCUCGCCCUUCUUGGUGGCUUCAUUUCGGAUGCUUACUUGAACAGACUUUAUACUGUUCUCAUUUUCGGCUUUCUUGAAAUUGUGGGUUUGGUGUUGAUAACAAUUCAAGCAUAUUCAGAAAAUAUGCACCCUCCAGCUUGUGGCAAGUCAAGUUGCGUGGAGGGUGGUAUAGCAUUUAUGCUGUACUUCUCUCUGAGUUUGCUAGCAUUGGGUGCUGGUGGAAUCAGGGGAGCUCUAACAUCACUUGGCGCUGACCAAUUCAAUGAGAAAGACCCGGAAGAAGCCAAGUCUCUUACAAGUUACUUCAAUUGGAAUGCGCUUUGCGCCAUGCUGGGGUCUGUUGUUGGAGUCACUGCCAUUGUUUACGUCAGUAUGUUUCAUGGCUGGUGGAAGGGGUUUCUGGUAUCAACCCUGGCAAGCUUCCUUGGUUUUGUUGUUCUUGCCUCUGGGAAGCCUUUCUACCGCCUCCGAAAACCUGGAGACAGUCCCAUCAUUAGGAUUGCAAAAGUUGUUGUUGUGGCAUUGAGAAACCGGCGAUUUCCAUUACCGAAGGCUGAGGAACUCUAUGAGAUCCGUGAGAAAGAAACCAAUAUCGGUUACGAGGAAAAACUUGAGCACACUGAACAAUUCAGGUUCCUAGACAAGGCCGCCAUUCUUCCUGAAGGCAAGCAACCUGCAGCGCCAUGGACGGUUUGCACUGUCACACAAGUCGAAGAAGUGAAGAUCCUGACAAGAAUGUUGCCUAUAUUAGGCAGCACCAUCAUAAUGAAUACCUGUUUAGCACAACUCCAGACCUUCUCAGUACAGCAAGGAAACCUAAUGCACCGCAGAAUCGGCAAACAUGAUUUUCCUGCCGCUUCAAUUCCUGUAAUUCCACUCAUAUUUAUGGUCAUACUCAUACCUAUCUAUGAGAUCUUCUUCGUUCCUUUUGCUCGAAAGAUCACUGGCCAUCCAUCAGGCAUCACCCAACUUCAACGCGUUGGUGUUGGUCUAGUUCUCUCUGCCAUUUCAAUGGCUGUAGCAGGCGUAGUUGAAGUGAAAAGAAGGAACCAAGCACUUAAAGAUCCUCGUCAUCCCUUGAGUCUUUUCUGGCUAUCCUUCCAAUAUGGAAUUUUCGGAAUAGCAGACAUGUUCACCCUGGUGGGACUGUUGGAAUUCUUCUACAAGGAGGCACCUUUAAGCAUGAAAUCACUGUCUACUUCAUUCGCUUGGCUAUCGUUGUCUUUCGGCUACUUCUUGAGUACUGUUUUUGUGAGUCUGAUAAACGUAAUCACUAAAAGAGUUACACCAAGCAAACAAGGAUGGUUAGACGGACAAUUGUUGGACGACAACAAUUUGAAUCUGUUCUACUGGUUCUUAGCCGUCCUCAGUUGUCUCAACUUCGUACUCUAUCUCUACUCAGCCUCGUGGUACAAAUAUAAAUCGGACGACACAGAGCGUACUAAUAAGCCAAAAGCAAAGGCUCUGGAUGAUCGAUUGCUUCUUGCCAAGGAAGAAUGCACCACUGAAAGUUGUGGGGCUAAGACAAAUGAAGAGGAAAGUAAUGAGGAGAAUGUGGCAAAGAGAAACGAAGAAGAAAGCACACAGGAGAUGGUGGCUAUUAACAGUACAGAUGCUGGAGCUAAAGCUCCCUCAGCAAUCCUAUGA